AUGAGAGUUCGCCGUCCCAUUUUCCUUUCCUCCUAUGCCAUCAGUGAUCUAUCGUUAGUUGACAAUUUAUGCCGAAAGGUCUAUUCUACGUCUGAUCUGGCAUCGGCCGGCGAAAUUGCGAGUAUGCAUGGAGUUUUAUUCUUUGUUCUGAAAGAGCUUAUAGCAAUGAAAGAUCCGCUUUGUCAGAAGUUCGAUCUUCUUACCUACUUGGAUCACUGUGAACAGAACUUUGUCGCUGCGAUUGAGACCUAUGAAGUGCUUGCUGUCCCAGCGUUUGAAAAUAUCCUUGCAUUGACUAUGGGCAUGCUCAUGUCUCAGGGAGAAGCAAAACCUCAUCUAUAUUGGAAACUCGUUUCUGCUGCUGUCAUGCAUUGUCAAUCUCUCGAGUAUCAUUUGGAAGCAACAUAUCAAAGCAUCCCAUCUAGUAAGGCAGAGAGCAUCCGACGGUUGUUUUGGACAGUAUACGCCUUCGAUAAGAGCAUGUCUCUUGUUUUGGGUCGUGCCUCUCAUAUGCAGGACCUGAGAAUUGACACAAAGUAUCCUACCAUGUCGCAAGACUUGACUCUCCGAGCCUGGGAUGAAUCUUUCAUUAUGGGAAUAAGGCUUGCGGAAAUUCAGGGUCGGAUCUUUGUUGGUCUUUACUCUACUUGUAGUAUGAUCAGGGACUCAUCCGAACGGGCGCAACGCAUUAGUGACCUUGCAGAUGCGAUGGAAAAAUGGCAUCUUGAAUUUAAACAGAUUGAUUCGGAAGGAAUCAAUAACCCCCAGGCUUUUUAUCUAACCAGAGGGAACGGGGACAUUCAAUUCUAUUCAACCCUCACGCUGCUUUUCCAUGCAUCUUCGGCUAUCGGACAAGAUCUGCAAAUUGGACCCCAUUGCUUUAAUGCAGCCUGUAAUAGUUUACGGGCUCAUCUGGAAGUUUUCCCUCGAUACCAGAAAUCCCAACUACUCUCAGAUGGGGACUAUUUCAAUUGGAUUCUUCUGUCUUCUUCCUUCGUCCCAUUUAUUGUUACCUUCCUUCACGCUAUUGCUGCAAAGGACAUGGCAAAUGUUACACUUCCUGAACAAGUGGUGGACACUCUGGAAAAUUUCCGAAAUGUCUCUCAAGGCUCAGAACGGCUUUAUCAGAUAUGUGUCACCUUUACCCAGAUAGCCAAGAAGCUGGUGCAGUCACAACGGUCGCCUAUCGGGGGAAUAUACAACCAACAGCAGGACUCUCUAUUACUUGUAGACAGCUCGCACAGCACAUCUCUUUUCGAUUCCGAGACUCUCCAAGAAAUCUUUGACUCUGAUGAUAUGAAUGGCGUUAACCCAUCAUAUGCCAUGGAUACUCUGAAUGAUUGGCUCAGUGGACCGCCUUUCCCGUGGGACAAACUUGAUGUGGACAUUGGGAAGGGACAAUGA